AACAGAAGCAAUAAUCCGUGGUUGCAGCUAACUACAGCAAUGUUAACCAGAUGCACAACGGAGAACAAGCAAGGUCUGGGAGAGGAAGUUUCGAAAAUCUGUCGCUCUUUACAUAGCACGAAGCAGAUGCUCCCUGCAGAGGUGGAUGAUUCAAAUUGUGACCAAGAACUCCUUUCCCUUCUCCUGGAUGCCAAACUGUUGGUGCAGUGUCUCUCCACUCCCUACUAUCCCCGGGUGGUGGACCACCUCUUGGCCAGCCUCCAGCAGGGGCGCUGGGAAGCCGACACGCUGGCCAAGCACCUGCGAGAGGCCGAAGCCGGCUCCCUGCUGCUGGCCGCGCGGGGCGCUCACCGGGCCCUGCGGACUUCCCGCUGCGCCCUCCACGCAGGGCGGCACUGGGUGUGAGCCGGCCUCGGGGGCCCUGGCGGGAGAGGCUCCAGGGCAGGCGGCUGCCGGAAGCCACGGGUGCAUCUGCUGAUUGUUCUCCGUGCUCCCAACCAAUUGCAAAUA